GUAGGUUGGAUGGAUGGUGGAUUACAAACCUGCGGGGUCUCUCCUCUCCUGUCAUCAACACCUUCGAAGCCUACGUGCUCUGAUGGAAAUUCGUGAAGAUCUGACUCGCCAGGACAGGCAUAAGAGGAACACAACUGAUUUCCAAACUGGAUUUAAAAAGAGCGUGUUCUGUCAACUACAUAUCAAUUUAAUAGAUAGGUAAAUAAAAACCGACUUGCCUGACGUGAAUUCAUUAGGUAAAUGCACAAGUGAACGCAAUGGAUACCUUACUGGUGAUUUUUGUUCGUGUUGGAGCGAUGUAUUUUGAGGCUUGGCUCACAUGGACAGCGUGGUGGUGACCUAAAUAUAUGCUAUAAAGAUACCCAGAGGAUGACUAUACCAUGAAAACACCAUUCAUUUUAUCUAAAUGAGAGUGCCAGACAGAGGUUCAAUUAAACAGGAUGUAGUAGUCUAUCCCUGAGAAGGAAAGCAUUCUGUUCAUACUAUAAUCUACUGUCUGAACAUAAUACAGCUUCAGACUUCACACAUUUAGACUCAUGGGAUUCUCUGUGAUGAUCCGUUAAUAGCCUUUAAUACAUUGCUGACUCUAUGAUUACUCCCUCUGAGCUUUGGGUGUUGUUUAAUACAGCACAGCUUCAAUAACCAUACAUUUGGCGAUCCACUGCCUCCUCUGGGUCCUUCAGAAUGGAGCCUUCACCAUUUUUUCAGCACCCAAAACAUCAUAUGCUAUCUGCCAGAACAUAAUAUAGGCAUAGAUGUGUUGUGUCCUUCACCUGUGAAUGACCCUCAAACGUCGACAAGGUCCCUUGCUUGGGUCAUGCCCAUCAGCAUAGGUCAUUCUGAGAAUGUCAAAGUGUGAGCUCAUAGAGCUGAAGGAUCUCACGUUGGUUGAUGGCAUCGAGUUGGCCCCCCCAACAGCCCCUCAGACGCCAAGGCAGGGUCGGGCAGCAGAGCGUCCGAUUUUGGGUGCAGUGGUGCGGCUGGUGGGGGACAGCGUAAGGGUGGAGGAGCCACCCUGCCUCAGUGGACAGCCAGGAGAGGGUCAUGACUUCCAGCCUUGCAGUCAAGCGCACCUUUCCUGGUGUGACGUGUGUGGAGAGUUUAUCUGGGGCCUCUACAAACAGAGUGUACGCUGUGUCAAUUGCAAGUAUACUUGUCAUCAUCGUUGCCAGCCCUUCAUACAGCUGGACUGCUAUCAUAGCAGUGCCUUCUUUGACCAAUCUGACCUCUUUGAGGAGACCAUAGAAACAGACACAAACGUGGAUGAGCAGAUUGACUGGGGAAAACAGGAACUGACUGCCAGUGAAAUUCAGAAGAAGGUGAAGGAGUACAAUGCUCAAAUCAACGGCAACCUCUUCAUGGUUCUUAAUCGAGAUGGCUCGUACACAGGUUUUAUUAAGGUCCAGUUUAAGCUGUCAAGGCCUGUGUCUUUACCGCCACCUCGCCGAAGCUGCUCCAGCCAGGAUGGCUCUUGGCAGGAGAGCAAAGGAACAAAGCGUCGAACAUCCUUCUAUCUGCCGAAGGAUGCAGCCAAGCACCUCCACAUCAGUUCCCACACAUGUGCCCGUGAGGUUAUUGAAGCUCUGUUGAACAAGUUCACAGUGGUGGAUAAUCCCGCUAAAUUCGCCCUGUUUGAACGCACAGAACGACAGAACCAAGUCUACUUACGGAAACUAGCUGAUGACGAAUGCCCUCUUCAGUUGCGUUUGUGUGCGGGGCCCAGUGAGAAAUCCCUGAGUCUGGUGAUCAGAGAAAAUGAGACUGGAGAGGUCAACUGGGAUGCCUUUACGAUGCCCGAGCUUCACAAUUUUCUGAGGAUCCUUCAGCGAGAGGAGGAAGAGCACAUACGUCAGAUCGUCCGGCGGUACACAUUGACCCGUGAGAGAAUGAAGGAGGCACUAACCAACAUCACAACACCAGGAUGA